CACAAAUACACCUUGAGCCUCUCAAUCUUUGAGCCACUAAUACGCUUAGCAUGUCUGCAGUCGCAAGGUCGGCCAUUUGUAGAAAUGUGGGUUCCCUGGGGGUGUUGGGUGGUCGGAGGGUUUUCACACCGCUCCGCAAUGUGCCAUCCAGACCGAGCUGGAAGAUAAAAGAAGUCGAUGCGCCGGCGAAAGUUACACAUAGCAGAAUUCUCAGAUUUCAGAGUACGGUCGCCGAGUCAUCAACUUCCUCCGCAUCUUCAACACAAUCCACCGAGACAUCACAGAGUACCCCUCCCUCUGCGGACAACGUGAAGAAAUCAAGACCUAUACUCCGAACUCUCGUCUUCCUUUCCACAACAGCACUCUGCUUUGUAGCCGGAUUCACAAUGGCUGCCCAACCCACUGUCGCUGCAGGUGUCGAUACGGCACGCGCUGUGCUCAACCCCCCCACCGACGAAGAGACCCUCACCCUCUUCAACCCAGCCAGCGAAGAACUCGCCGAGAUCGAGAGACAAAUCUUCGCACACCCGCUCACCCGUUCUUUGCUCCAAGACGAGAAGUACAUCGCAUCGCGACCACACCUCAAGAUCCCCGAACAACUUCGCGCACAGAACCUGACUGGCGGAACAUUACUCGGUGCCGACAAGAUCGCCGUCCCUCCGUUGCAAUUCAGCACCGCAGAUGGCACAACCUAUUACUCUCUGCAGUAUCUAGGACCUGCGCUUUGCGGACAUCCUGGCAUCGUACAUGGUGGACUCCUUGCGACUUUGCUCGACGAAGGACUUGCACGAUGCUGUUUCCCCGCCCUGCCUAACAAAAUCGCGGUCACGGCGAGUUUGAAGGUCGAUUACAAGAGGCCCUGCAUGGCCGGUCAGAUCGUUGUCUUGAGGGCGGAAACAACAAAGGUUGAGGGCAGGAAAGCAUGGGUCACAGGUCGCAUUGAAACUCUUGCGGAUGAGAGCAAAGGCGAGAAGCCUGUGGUUCUGACAGAGGCCGAGGCGCUCUUCAUCGAGCCAAAAGGCGCUGAGAACAUGAAGAAGAUCGUCCCUACAUAAUUGAUUGUUACGAGCGUUUGUUUGGGAUUUGGGCGUUUUCAUGUUCGCAUUUUCAUGGGGUUACAAGUCCCCCUUUGACCACGUCUAGUCUUUGACGGAGUGUCAACUUUUAGACUGUAGACAUAUAUAUACAUAAUUAUCGCAGUUGCAUAUUGUUCAAGAC